UGCUUUACUUGCAUUGUCGGAAUCAAAUUGCUUGAAUUUGAAAGCAUUUAAUUUUUUUUCCAGCCAACUCUCAAGAGGAAACAUUUACAAUGUCGCAAUUCAACAUGCACAGUAUCAAACGUGCGGCCCGGAAGGAAGCAUGGUACGCCGACAGUUGGAACCCAUUCCGGAAAAAUAUGGGUCCGCGAAGAGCAACUACAUGGACAACAUCAACAGAGCCGAUAUCUUUUGAGGCAGCACUCGAAGCCAGUAUAGGCAGGCCACAAUCCGGCGGCACCAAGGCAGAUCAGAUUGGAACCACUAUUUCUGAUAGCGAGCUCAAGUCCUCAAAGCUUCUCUCCAGAGUCACAGAACCGGUGACAACUUCAUACCAGCUCGAAUCUGAAGAGACUGCUGUAGAAAGACAGUCUACUCGACCUAUUUCUACUCGACCUAUUUCUAAGCCUCACAGAACGACGUUCUACAGCAAGUUCCGUUCAAAGUCUAUGGAGGCAUGGCUGAGUAUGACGACCCGGACUAGUGUUGUGGAGCAUACGUUCUCCGAAUUGGACUCCCAAGAACUCUUCUGGGAUCCAUUUGGAUCCUUGUCAGAAAAGUUGACGAGUAAUGGGUAUCCAGAUACUAAGGCUUCCCCUCCUGGGGCAACUAUACAAAGCUCACUUACUACAGAGGCUUCUCAGAAAAGAGCGUAAGUUCAAGCCUUACCCUCAGACUCAACAGACUGCUUAACACAGAUAGGCUUGAGCCUGGGGUUGCUAUAUUAUCUAAAGGGACCCCGGGGAUAGAGCGGCAGGCCCUUGAUAUUCAUCGUUUCCAAAUCAAGCCGACAGGAAUUUUGCCUCUGGGACCAGUGCAGCAACUGUCCUAUCUACGCAACAAAUCCGCUGCCAAUAGAAUUGACAGUCCAGCUUCGAGCCUCUUCAUUGUCGAAGAGCCCUCACCAUCCCUUAUCGAAACACUCAGUGAAGCUUUUGGAUGCGGUAUUGAAG